CACUAUUAAACUCCUGACUCCCUGCAUCUUUGUUACACUCUGACAGCGGGCACUGACUGAAAGAGUCUGAGUUUCCUUGUUAAAUUCCCAAACAUCAGCCAUGACACUCAGAUGUGAAGAGUAAAUUGGAUCCAAAUUGCGUGUCCUCGAGUCUACACUAUAUAUACAGAAAUAUGUGAACACCCAUUCAAAUGAGUGGAUCUGCUAUUUCAGCCACAACCGUUGUUGACAGCUGUAUAGAAUUGAGCACACAGCCAUGCAAACUCCAUAGUCAAGCAUUGGCAGUAAAAUGACCUUACUGAAGAGCUCAGUGACUUUCAACGUGGCACUGUCAUAGGAUGCCACCUUUCCAACAAGUCAGUUUGUCAAAUUUCUACCUUGCUAGAGGUGCUCUGGUCAACUGUAAGUGCUGUUAUUGUGAAGUGUAAAUGUCAAGGAGCAAGAACGGCACAAUAACUGUGCGUCAGGAGCUUCAUGAAAAGGGUUUCCAUGGCCGAGCAGCCGGACACAAGGUUUUCCAUGGCCGAGCAGCCGGACACAAGGGUUUCCAUGGCCGAGCAGCCGGACACAAGGUUUCCAUGGCCGAGCAGCCGGACACAAGGUUUUCCAUGGCCGAGCAGCCGGACACAAGGGUUUCCAUGGCCGAGCAGCCGGACACAAGGUUUCCAUGGCCGAGCAGCCGGACACAAGGGUUUCCAUGGCCGAGCAGCCGGACACAAGGGUUUCCAUGGCCGAGCAGCCGGACACAAGGGUUUCCAUGGCCGAGCAGCCGGACACAAGGUUUUCCAUGGCCGAGCAGCCGGACACAAGGUUUUCCAUGGCCGAGCAGCCGGACACAAGGUUUUCCAUGGCCGAGCAGCCGGACACAAGGGUUUCCAUGGCCGAGCAGCCGGACACAAGGUUUUCCAUGGCCGAGCAGCCGGACACAAGGUUUUCCAUGGCCGAGCAGCCGGACACAAGGUUUUCCAUGGCCGAGCAGCCGGACACAAGGGUUUCCAUGGCCGAGCAGCCGGACACAAGGUUUUCCAUGGCCGAGCAGCCGGACACAAGGUUUUCCAUGGCCGAGCAGCCGGACACAAGGGUUUCCAUGGCCGAGCAGCCGGACACAAGGGUUUCCAUGGCCGAGCAGCCGGACACAAGCCUUAGAUCAACAUGCACAAUGCCAAACGUUGGCUGGAGUGGUGUAAAGCUCACCACCAUUGGAAUUUGGUGCAGUGGAAACGCAUUCUCUGGAGUGAUGCUUCACCAUCUGGCAGUCCGACGGACACAUCUGGGUUUGGCAGAUGCCAGGAGUACGCUACCUGUUCCAAUGCAUAGUGCCAACUGUAAAGUUUGGUGGAGGAGGAAUAAUAGUCUGGGGCUGUUUAUCAUGGUUCAGGCCCCUUAGUUCCAGUGAAGGAAAAUCUUAACACUGCAGCAUACAAUGACAUUCUAUACGGUUCUGUGCUUCUAACUUUGUGUCACCAGUUUGGGGAAGGCUCUUUCCUAUUUCAGCAUAACAAUACCCCAGUGCACAAAACAAGGUCCAUACAGAAUGUAUUUUGUCGAGAUGGGUGUGGAAGAACUUGACUGGGCUGCACAGUGUCCUGACCUCAACCCCAUCGAACACCUUUGGGAUGAAUUGGAACACUGACUGUGAGCCAGGCCUAAUCGCCCAACAUCAGUAUUCGACCUCAGUAAUGCUCUUGUGGCUGAAAGGAAGCAAGUCCCUGCAGCAAUAUUCAAACAUGUUGUGGAAAGUCUUCCGAGAAGAGUGGAGGCUGUUAUAGCAGCAAAGCGGGGAGCAACUCCAUAUUAAUGCCAAUGAUUUUGGAAUUAAAUAUUCGAAGAGCAGGUGUCCACAUACUUUUGGUCAUGUAGUGUAUAUUUCCAUUCACAUUUUAGUCAUUUACCUUAUGCUUUUACACAGAGUGGAUUGCAAAAAG